CGGCAGACGCGCUGCGGUGCUCCUCCACGAGUCACGGUCGUUUCCUAAAAUGGGACGGACUGCAACAGGGGUCUCUGCUGGCAUGGUGCCACCAUUAGAGCUGGGUGAAGGUACUUCUGAGGCCCCAACAGGCUGAGCAUGACAAGGCGCUGACCGCCGCCGGAAGUUUGAAUAUGGAGUAUCGUUUGUGCUGGAGGUUGUUUACAUGUUGCGAUUUGACUGCGUGGCAAGCCCAGGGCAGUGGAUGGGGAAGACCCGGCCGAAUACCUUCACCUUCACGUCAACCGAAAUAACUCUCGUUGUGGGCCCCAAAGUAAGGCGCAACUUGUUUUUUUGAGCGUUAAUAAUAGUCCAGCGAAGACAGUCAGUUUUUUUUCCGUUUUUUGCCUGAAGAUGAUGUUUAGAGUGAUGGUAAUUUUUUGCAAUGUCAGCAAGUAUUUUUUCCGUUUAACCACCAAGUUCGAGCUUGAGACAAGACACAACUUCUUCCCACUCUCAUUUUUAAGUUUCUGCUUCCUCGAGGUGGAGCCUCGGUUUUCUUUAUCGUUUCCUCGACUUUCGAGAGAAGAUGUUUUUUCGAAUGAUCCCU